CAGGCUGACUUGAAGGCAUAAUGUUCCGUAGGAAGCUGCAGGCUUUAGAUUAUCACAAUCCCGCCGGAUUUAAUUUUAAAGAUGAAACAGAGUUUAGAAACUUUCUUGUUUGGCUAGAAGAUCAAAAAAUUAGACAUUACAAGAUAGAAGAAAGAGGAAAUUUACGAAAUAUACACAGCAGCGAAUGGCCGGCUCAGUAUGAAAAGUAUUUGAAUGAUGUGAAUUGUCCAUUCAAAGUUCAGGAACGUCAAGAAUCAAUAGACUGGCUCCUGGGUCUUGCUGUGCGCCUUGAGUAUGGUGAUAAUGCUGCUAAAUAUCAGAAUGCCAAGCCAUAUAACUCUGAUGUUUCCAAGAGCGCAGAGCCACUAAUAAACUUGGAUGUUAACAAUCCUGAUUUCAAAGCUGGAGUAAUGGCUUUGGCAAAUCUUCUGCAAAUCCAGAGACAUGAUGACUACCUUAUGAUGCUAAAAGCAAUUCGAAUCCUAGUACAGGAACGCUUGUCUCAAGAAGCUGUUGCUAAAUCCAACAGCGCGAAAGAGGGCCUCCCAGUUGCACUGGAUAAGCACAUCCUUGGGUUUGACACAGGAGAUGCUGUUUUAAACGAUGCUGCCCGAAUCCUGAGAUUACUUCAUAUUGAAGAGCUGCGAGAAUUACAGACAAAAAUCAAUGAAGCUAUAGUAGCAGUUCAGGCAAUUAUUGCUGAUCCUAAAACAGAUCACAGACUGGGGAAGGUUGGAAGAUAAGGACUUUAACCUGUCCCCUCUCCCCUUACCAACUCCUGUCAGUGAACAACCUUAGCUAGCAUGGAGCUGCCAUCUUUUCAUGUAUAGUUUUAGCACAAUGAUAUAAAGCACUCAUCCUGACUGUUAAGGAUAUGCUAUCCUAAAUGUUUUCUUUCAUUUCUUUCUAAAACCCCAGCACUAACUUUUCCCCCAAAGUAAAUCAAAAUGGAGUAACCUAAGGCAAAUGUGAUACCAAGUGUUUUCUCUGCCAACGGAGAAAAUGUGAGUGUUGCCCGAUGCUGCCAGCAGAGGAAAUGGAGAGUCUAACAUUAAAAGCUUAACAGGUGCCAAUGCACACACGAAAAAGAACACAAGGCUUCAAAGAAGCAAAUUGUGUGUGUGAAUCUGGCAACUGGGGCCAUAAGUUGAGAAUGUUCAAAUUGCAUCAGGCAUGCACUCAGCAAAAAUGUAUUAUUUGAGAUCUCAAAUAUUUAAAAUGAACUUGUGAUGGUUUGGGGCUGGGCUUGUUGAAGGCUAUUUGUGUUUAUCUGGCCUCUGAGCUGGAAGAGUGAAUAUAUAUAUAUGUACAGUAAUAUGAUAAAAGCUACUGUACAUGUGAUACCAGGAAAGCUCGCAAAAGAUGGCGGUGCAUCACAGGAAGUACUCAAGGUCUGUGUUUAUUUGGAGAAGAGGAACACUGGGCUAAGGUAGGAGGUAAGGGACGAGGAUAACUGGGGUGCUAUUUUUAAAGGUAUACUGUCCUGGAAAAAACUUUUUUUUUAUAACGCAUCCGUUAAUAGUUCUGCUCCAGCAGACUUCUGCACUGAAAUCCAAUUCUCAAAAGAGCAAACAGAUUUUUUUUUUUAUAUUUCAAUUUUAAAUCUGACACGGGGCUAGAAAUAUUGUCAGUUUUCCAGCUGCCCCAGUCAUGUGACUUGUGCCUGCACUUUAGGAGGGAACUACUUUCUGGCAGGCUGUUAUUUCUCCUACUUAAUGUUACUGAAUCAGUCUCAGUGGGACUUGGCUUUUACUAUUGAGUGCUGUUCCUAGAUCUACCAGGCAGCUGUUAUCUUGUGUUAGGUAGUUGAUAUCUGGUUGCCUUUCCAUUGUUCUUUUGUUAGGCUGCUGGGGGGAAGGGAGGGGGUGAUCUCACUCCAACUUGCAGUAAAGUGUGACUGAAGUUUAUCAGAGCACAAGUCACAAGACUGGGGGCAGCUGGAAAACUGACAAUAUGUCUAGCCCUAUGUUAGAUUUCAAAAUGAAUAUAAAAAAAAAUCUGUUUGCUCUUUUGAAAAAUGGAUUUCAGUGCAGAAUUCUGCUGGAGUAGCCCAAUUAACUGAUGUAUUUUGAAAAAAACUUGUUUUCCCAUGACAGUAUCCCUUUAAACAUUCUGUUUGGUUUACUGUUGAAAAAAACAUUAUUUAUAAAAGAUCUGAAACACAGAACUUAUUUUCCAUCAUGACGAAAGAUGAAAAAAUUGUAGUGUAUGAUUUGGAGAGGGGAAAUCUGCUACCCAAUAAAAUACCAUCCUUUUGCUGCA